GUUCGAAAGAUGCAAAACAAACUUUAAUUUCUUGUCUACGGUGUCUCGAUCGGCGUCUCCUCAUAUUUGUAAGCCAAAGUAUGAGUUGGUGUCCUGACAUCGCCGAUUUUUUUCAAAAUUGUGAUAUAUCGGCCAUCCUUCAAAAUUGUUUUAUUCAGGGACCGAAGGCUAUGUCACCUAAACUUCGCCCAAAACAUUUCACGAAAUUCGAUACCCAUCACUCAUAACAGAAAUAAAAACAAGAAAGAGUAUUCCAGAGGAGUUUCAGAGGAAACAGCAGAGCUCUGAUGAUUUUGUGUGGUUAUGGGGAAUUUUCAAAGUAAGCGUUCAUUACAGAAACGGGAAGCUGAAAAUCGACGGUACAGUAAAGCAGUGGAAAAAACAGAACUUAGUAGGCCCGAAGCGUCUAGACCAUCGCAACUACAGCGAAGUGGUCAAGGAUCUUUGCGGAGGCGAUACUCAGAAUCUGGAAAUUAUUCCUACAAAACACCUUGGCCUGUUCCGUUGAGUGAAACUGUCUUCUUGCCUGAGUAUGAUUCUAAGCAGCUAGUCAAGAUCAACGACUUUGAGAUCCUAGCAAGGGUUGGUAAAGGUGCAUUUGGGCAUGUGCUUCAAGUGCAAAACAAACAAUCUAAAAAAUUGCUCGCCAUAAAGACUCUAAACAAAGCGGAAAUCAUCAAGGGAAAUGCUGUUCAGCAGUGCAAAGAUGAAGUAAAUAUUCAGGUACAACUUGGUGAGUUUCCUUUUCUCGUGAAAACUUGGUAUACAUGGCAAACAAAACACAAUCUUUUCAUUGUUUCAGAUUUUGUUGAUGGCAGUGAUCUGUACACGUUGUGGCGUCAAGAAAAGAGGUUGAAUGAGACAACUGUCAAGUUGUAUUCUGCUGAACUAGACAUUACAUUAGAUUAUCUGCACAAAUCAGGGAUCAUCUACAGGGAUUUAAAGCUUGAGAAUAUCCUCAUAGACAAUGAAGGUCACAUCAAACUCAUCGACUUUGGUCUGUCAAAAUUAGUGAAACUUGGAGAGCGCGCUGCGACUAUUUGUGGGACCCUGCAAUACAUGGCCCCUGAAAUCUUGAACGGUGAUGAAUACUGCCAUGUUGUAGACUGGUGGAGUUUAGGCGUGGUCAUGUACAUUCUUCUCGCCGGGAAGUAUCCAUACCCAGUCACACAAGAGCAUGCCACCCAACUCAAAGUGGUCAGCGGUGUCGAGGUUGAAUUUCCACCAGACCUUUCAUCUAAUGCAGUCAGCGUUCUUCAGGGGCUCUUGCAAAAGAACCCCGCUUAUAGGAUGUCUGGUGUUGAAUCGUUGAAGACACACGCGUAUUUUAGUGAUCUGUCUUUCAAAGAAGUACUGGAAAAAAAGCGAGAACCCAUUACCAUGGAAACGCUCAAGACAUUAAGGCGGAGAAGUAUUGGAUCUAGAACGUUGUUCCCCAGAAGAGUUGAAAGGGAUCGUCGAGAGAAGCAGCCUCGCCCGUUGUCGUGGGCGAAUCCAGGACAAUUCAUCGUUCAAGAUAAAACCCAUAUGGACUGGCUUGUAGCUGACUUGAGAAGUUCACGCACAAUAACGCUCAGCAAUAACGCUCAGCAGUAACGCACAGGAGGGCGCCAGAACUGAGUGCCUACUGGCUUCGUGAAAAUGGUGAAGGUUAAGUUUGAAAAAGCUGAAAAGCCGUGGACCACAUUCUGGCGACCGGGGCAGCAAUAAUAUCUUCCCUAGGAGACCUUAUGUGCGUGGGGUGAGGAUGCUGGUCGGGGCCGCCCCAUUAUAGUGGCGCAAAUAAUGGCGUGAAUUAAGCCGCUUUGUAACAUGCAGGUCAGGACAGCCGUAGCUUAAAGUGAUUUGAGCCCCAUAAGAUUUGAGUUGUGAACAAUUUUCCCUUGCACAUGUGAUCUCUUUCACCCACCAUUCCUCCCCGCACAUUAUUUAUUCUUAACAUAUCGAGCUGAUUCACGUUUCUGCAUGCAUUUCUGAGAAGAGUUCAAUUAAUAUAUACAGUGUAUAAGAAAAAUUCGAAAUUUUUGUUAUAAUUGUUUUAUGUUAUUAUAAUGUAUAACUUUGGCAAAUGUUCCAUACUAAUGUACACAUUAAGCGCUUACAAGAGAGAUCCUAGACGUUCUUACAUUACGUUAUAAAGUUAUGCUGUAACAGUAGACUGUCAAAUUGUGAAACCUAUUCCUUCGCGACGAUUGUGAUGUUCAACUGAUGCAAAUACUGUUGACUCUUGAUGACUGGAACCUCCAGGGAAACUGCAAAAAAAUACAAGUUAUCGGGCGUCUAUAACAAACUAAAGAAAAUAGUAGCUAAAGGAUGUUAACUAUCCCUCUGUUCUUAUAGUGUAAAUUCUGAUCAAAUUUAAAUCACAACGUAGACUCGUGAAGUUAAAAUGGACCAUUUUGAAAAAAAAGGCCUAAAUCAGUGUUGGCAAGAUAUAUUACACUGAAAUGAAGUGUACCCAAGGGGCAAAGCGUGACUGGACUGUUUUUGUUAUUUGCAAAAAGGUAGAUAGCAAAAAAACUCGACUGUCUCGAGAUAAUUCAAUGGCUGGACUCUAGAACUGGGUGUUGUUUCCUGGUUGAAGUGAUCUGGGGUUAAGUUAUGUUGGAAAUGUCGCGACGGGAAACGAAAAUUGCUUUGAAUUAGCGGAAGGGUUUAAUUAUCGAUAGUAGACUGUACCUUUGACCUAAUAGCAAAUUAAUAAAAAGUAUAAAAAAAACUGUCGCAUAAGUGGCACGCCAAUGGUUGGUGAUACUGUCAACCCUAAGGGCCUAAUGAAUACACUGCACGUGAAGAAAAAAAAAACUGCUAACUACUGGUCAUCAAAGCCAUGUUGAAAAUGAUACCAAAUGUCAUAGAUAGUCUACCCGAGAAUGCGAAGAUAGUCAUCAUCAUCAUCAUCAUCAUCAUAGUUUAUUUAAUAAAGCAGGUUGAGGGAUAGGCAAGACAUUACGUCCUGAUUUGGACCUGCAUCAAUUAAACUAUCAAUCAAUAAAUACCUAAUUAGUGAAUAGACCGAAAAUGGUAUGUAAAUAAUGACAAUUAAAAGAAAUAAAUAUUAAUAACAAUA